GUCCGGAUUCGGUCCAGACAGACGGAGCCGGAGCAGCAGAACUUUAGUCCUUCAUCAUGAGGAUCUUCCUCCUCUCCCUGCUGGUCCAGUUCGGAUGCGGCGCUGAGCUCCAGUUGGAGAUGUACGGCAGCCUGGAGUCUCCAAACUUCCCCGACCCGUAUCCCACAGACACCAAGCGGAACUGGACCAUCAGCGUUCCGGACGGAUUCCGGAUCACGUUGUUCUUCAGCCACUUUGACCUGGAGCCGUCCUACCUGUGCGAGUACGACUUCGUCAAGGUGGAGGCGGACGGAGAGGCGCUGGCUUUCUUCUGUGGGAGGGAGGAGACGGACACCGAGGUGGUACCGGCCCAGCGGGUCAUCACCUCCCCCAGAAACUCCCUCACCGUCCAGUUUGUGUCUGACUUCUCCAACGAGGAGCGAUUCUCCGGAUUCGUGGCUCAUUAUAGCGCAGUGGAUAUAGACGAGUGCAGCGAACGCGGUGAUGAGGAACCGCUCUGCGAUCAUUUCUGCCAUAAUUUCAUUGGGGGAUACUACUGCUCCUGUCGCUAUGGUUACCAGCUGCACACAGACAACCACACCUGCAGAGUGGACUGCAGCGGCGCCGUGUUCAGGGAACGCUCUGGCAUCCUGAGCAGCGUUAACUUUCCGGGUCCGUAUCCGAAGAGCUCUGACUGCUGGUACCGAAUCGAGCUGGAGGCUGGGUUCAGGGUCCAGAUGAACUUUGACCCCCGUUUUGACGUGGAGAGCCAUCCGGACAUCAGCUGCCCCUACGACCACCUGAAGAUCCAAGCAGGAAGCAGAGAGUUUGGCCCGUUCUGUGGCGAUCGGUCUCCAGGAAUCAUCCGGACCGACAGCAACAUCGUCUCCAUCCAGUUCCACAGCGACGACUCUGGAGAAAACCUCGGCUGGAGUCUGAGCUACACCGCCACAGGAAGUCAGUGUCCAGUACCUGAGGCUCUGCCCAACGCGGUGAUGGUUCCGAUCCAAUCAGAAUACUCCUUCAAGGACCAUGUGGUGUUCAGCUGUCAGCCGGGGUUCCUCCUGGUCCAGGACGGUGGGACGUCGGAUCGUCUCCAGCUGGAAUGCCAGGCUGACGGCUCGUGGAGCGGCCGUCCUCCUCGCUGUGACAUGGUGGAUUGUGGGAUUCCUAAGAAAGUUGAUGGAGCUGUUGUGAUGUUCGGUCGCCAUGACAACAGCACGCUGUUUGGAGCGACGGUUCGUUACAUCUGCGAGGAGGACGGCGUCCAGCUGAGCAACACUUCGUUCAGGUGCGGCCCAGCAGGAGAGUGGGUGGAUGCUGACGGAGGAACAGAACUUCCUGUCUGUCUGCCAGCCUGCGGCCUGCCUUCUCGGCCUCUCCCCCACCAGGUGAAGCGGAUUGUGGGCGGUCGGAGCGCUGAGCCCGGUUUCUUCCCCUGGCAGGUUCUGCUCAGUGUGGAGGACCUGUCCCGGGUCCCUGAGGACCGCUGGUUUGGCUCCGGGGCCCUGCUGUCUCAGUCCUGGAUCCUGACCGCCGCCCACGUCCUGCGGUCCCAGAGGAGAGACGCCACCGUCGUCCCGGUCGUCCCGCAUCACGUGAAGGUGUUCCUCGGCCUCCACAGCCUCAGAGACAAACAGACGUCCGCCGGCCGCUCCGUCGAUCAGAUCGUCCUCCAUCCAAACUUUCAGCCCGACAACUACAACAACGACAUCGCCCUGCUGAGGCUGAGCGAGGCGGCGGAGUUUAACCGGCUGGUCCGUCCCGUCUGUCUGCCACCGGCUCACCGACAGGACCGUCCGCCUUCCCUCCUCCCCAACUCUCUGGGUCUAGUUGCUGGUUGGGGGAUCUCCAACGCUUCCUCCACCCCGUCCCCGCUGACCUCUGACCUCUUGCAGUACGUGAAGCUGCCAGUGGUCCCUCAGGACGAAUGUCAGGCCAGCUACGCUUCCCGCUCCGUCCGCUACAACAUCACAGACAACAUGUUUUGCGCGGGUUUCUUCCAGGGUGGGCGAGACACCUGCCUGGGGGACAGCGGGGGGGCGUUCGUGAUGCAGGCGGGGCGGCGGUGGGCCGUGUUCGGCCUGGUGUCCUGGGCCGGGCCCGAGGACUGCGGCAGUCAGAGGGUGUACGGCGUCUACACCCGGGUGGAGAAAUACCUGGACUGGAUUCAGAGCCGUGUUCAGGCUGCCCCCUGGUGGUGAGGAAGAGACGCUUCGCCUGCCUGCAGAGACCUGCUGCUCUGCAACAUGUAGAAUCUGAUCAAUCAUUGGAUUUAUCAGGAAUUUUCAUGGAUUGCUGAAAGUUCACACUAUAAACUGAUGACUCUGUGUUUUCACCAUGUGAGCUGCAUAAUCUGCAUCCGAUCAAUCAGCCUGCAAGUUUAAUUCAGAUUAGUAUCUAGAACUUUCUCCACUUCUUUCAGAAACUCCAGACUAUUAUUUUAAAAUUUAUCAGUGUUCUGCAAAAUAACAAAACCUUACCAAAUAUU